UCCUCCAGUACGAUAGAGGGCGGUAUGUAACUUAACAUAGCGUUGUUCUGUACCAUUAUACAAGGAAGAAGUAGGGCGAAUGCGUUGAAACACGUUUCCCGAAAUUGGCAAAAGUUUUCAAGGAUGACUAAACGACCAAAUAUACUGCUAACAGGAACACCUGGUGUAGGAAAGACGACUUUGGGAAAGGAAUUGGCUGCGCGGACAGGGUUGACGUUUGUCAACAUAGGCGAACUGGCACAUGAAGGCCAAUAUUAUGAUGGUUAUGAUGAAGAGUACCAAUGCCCUAUUUUGGAUGAGGAUCGGGUGGUAGAUGAGCUGGAUCAAAAGUUGGUAGAAGGUGGUGUGAUCAUAGAUUAUCAUGGCUGUGACCUGUUUCCUGAACGCUGGUUCCACAUUGUUGUUGUACUUCGCACAGACAACACUCAGCUGUACACACGACUUGAAAACAGGGGUUAUACAGGAAAGAAACUGCAGGACAACGUGCAGUGUGAGAUCUUCCAGACUAUAUAUGAAGAGGCAAUGGAAGCCUACUCUGAAGAGAUUGUCCACCAGUUACCAAGCAACACCCCUGAGGACCUCGAGAAAAACCUUGAGCAGCUAAUUCUGUGGACUGAGCAGUGGAUGAAGGACCAUAACUAAAGCCUAGAAUGCAGUUGUUUUUUUUAAUUAAAUAUAAAUUUCUACUAAA